ACACGCUUCCAGGGGCAGUGGCAAUGCAAGGGAUGAGGCAGCAACAAGCCGUAGCUGACUCUUCUUCUGAGUCCAAAUCCGAGAGUUCAAUGCAUGACGACCACAGCAAUCAUGCAGUAGAAUUGGUGGAAGCAGAGGCAGUGAAUGAUGUGGAGCACCAUCGGGCUGUGGCUCAUCCUUCAAUGGAUGGCACCCACAGAAGGCAAGCCAUUACUCGGAAAUAUCAGUUUCGCUUUGCAGGUUUUGUGCUCUUCCUUUUGUUCGGUUGUGGGAUCAUUAUUGGUUCUGUUUGUGGGGCAGGCUUAUGUGGUAGCAGUGAUUCCAUUGAGUCCACAAAAACUGCCAGAGAUAUUCUCCAGGUGCCCCAAAUGGAAAUUGUCCUGACUACCAUCCUGGGAAAGGACUACUUUGAUGGAGUCGUGAUAUCUGGAGAAGGCUAUCACAGCGACCUAACUGAUUUCCUCAGGGAAAGUAGGCAGAAAUCUUUUGACUGGAUUGUCAAUCAGGAUCCACUGCAAUUGGAAUAUGAUGCUCCAAAUUUAUUUCAGAGAUUCCUUCUCGUGCUUUUCUACCAUCAAACCACAAGGCACAACCCAUGGAAAGAGUGCAAUCCACCAGUAACUUCUCAGGGGAGUACAUCAUUCAAUUCCUGUUAUGAACUGGAAUAUUUCUCAGGGGAAACAACCCACUACAUCUGGGGGAAUAAGUGGCUCUCUGUCAGUCAUGAAUGCCAGUGGGCUGGAGUCACUUGUGAGACUGGUCAAAGAGAAGAGCAAGAGGUUGUGGAACUGGAGCUUCGGUGGAAUCAGCUCAAUGGCCUUCUCCCAUGGGAGAUUACAAGAUUGCCACAGCUAAAAAAUCUUGAUUUACAUCACAAUAUGCUGACUGGAGUGAUGCCCCAAAGGCUCUUUACCAACCAAUCAGGCCUUGCCUUGGAGUCUCUCUCAUUGGACGUUAACCAACUCUCAGGACCCAUCCCUGCAAGAUGGUUCGAAGAAACUGCAAAACUUACCAAUCUUGAUUCCUCUUCAAACAGACUGACUGGGAGAAUUCCAUCAGAACUGGGGCUACUCCCUAUGAAGUAUCUGAAUUUUGGCAACAAUUCACUGACAGGAUCUCUGCCGGUGGAAGUGUUCUAUCAGGACUCGCUUCAGUGGCUAUUUUUGCACAUCAAUGAUCUUACUGGUACCCUGCCAACUGAAGUUGGAUUGUUGGCCAACCUGGAAUAUCUUGACUUGAGCGGCAACAGUGUAUCAGGAUCCCUGCCUUCAGAGAUUGGUCUGGCAAGCCAAUUGCAAAAUAUUCAGGUUUCCUACACCAACAUGCAAGGGACGCUCCCUGAAGAAUUGUAUGGAAUCAGCAUUCUUAGGCAGUUGGUGUUGGACAGUUGCAACUUUUCUGGGACCAUCAGUUCAUCGGUUGGUCUUUUGACAGACCUUGUGCAACUGGGCCUAUCCAGUAACAAGUUCCAUGGCACAAUCCCCAAUGAGAUUAACUCGCUGACAAAUCUGGCUCUAUUGCGGGUGAAUGAGAAUGAGCUGACAGGCACUGUUCCAGAGUCUGUUUGCCACCAUGUAUAUCUUUUUCGUGGUGACAGUUAUCAUAAAGUUGCAUUGGAGGCUGACUGUUUGCCAAGCACAGAAACUGGAGUCCCCACAAUUGAGUGUGCUGUUGAUUGCUGUACCUUGUGUUGUGACAAUACAGGGUAUUGCCUUGCCAAUUGA